AUGGAGCCCACUGCAGACAAUCUGGCCACCACCGCCGCCCGGGGUAGGGCCGAGGAGGUGCGGGCGCUGCUCCAGGCCGGGGCGCAGCCAAACGCGCUGAAUCGCUACGGGCGCAGCCCCAUCCAGGUCAUGAUGAUGGGCAGCCCCCGUGUGGCCCAGCUGCUGCUGCUCCACGGCGCCGAGCCCAACCGAGCAGACCCCACCACCCUCACCCGACCGGUGCACGACGCCGCCCGGGAGGGCUUCCUGGACACGCUGGUGGUGCUGCAUCGCGGCGGGGCGCGGCUAGAUGUGCGCGACGCCUGGGGCCGCCUGCCCGUGGACCUGGCUGAGGAACGCGGUCACCAUGACGUCGCCUGGUACCUUCGUGUGGCCUCCGGAGACACCGAAGGAGGCAGCGGCACCUAUGCAGAUGCCGCAGAGGGUCCAGCAGGUCUGCGCCUAGACCGCCAGGGAGCGCGCAAGUGGCGGACCGCGGCGGUGGGCCCCGGGCGACGCGCUGCGGGAUCCCGAAGGCUCAGGGAACUGCAGCUGCUGACUGGGGCUGGACCAAUCUUAGACGUCUGCAACACUGAGAGUUGGGCGAUCUCCGUCCCUCGAAGUUUGAGCGCAUCGAUCUUCAAUCUUCGAAGUUUGAAUCCUGCCGGCUGCUCAUUCGCCCACCCGUCCCCAAAUUCUCUCCAGCUUGCUUAG